AUGGUCCAACACACUCUGACCCCAGGAGACUUGAGGGACCUCCGAGUGGAACCUGUUAGAAGCGGAGUUGCAAUGGAGGACUAUUCAAUUUUGAUGAAUGUGAGCUGGGUACUCCGGGCAGAUGCCAGCAUCCGCUUGUUGAAGGCCACCAAGAUCUGCGUGACAGGCAAGAGUAACCUCCAGUCCUACAGCUGCGUGAGGUGCAAUUACACAGAAGCCUUCCAGACUCAGACCAGACCCUCUGGCGGCAGAUGGACGUUUUCCUACAUAGGUUUUCCUGUGGAGCUGAACACAGUCUACUUCAUUGGGGCCCACAAUAUCCCCAACGCAAAUAUGAAUGAAGACAGCCCCUCCAUGUCUGUGAAUUUCACCUCACCAGGCUGCCUAGACCACAUAAUGAAAUACCAAAAAAAGUGCAUCAAGGCAGGAAGUCUGUGGGAUCCCAACGUCACUGCCUGCAAGAAGAACAAGACGGUGGUGGAAGUGAAUUUUACAACCAGCCCCCUUGGAAACAAAUACAUGGCUCUCAUCCAAAAUCGCAUUGUAAUCGGGUUUUCUAACGUGCUGGAGGUACCUCUUCCCUUCAACAAACCCCCAACGCGAACUUCUGUGGUGAUCCCGGUGACUGGGGAGAGUGAAGGUGCUAUGGUCCAGCUGACUCCGUAUUUCCAUACUUGUGGCAAUGACUGCAUCCGACGCAAAGGAACAGUUGUGCUUUGCCCACAGACUGGCAUCUCCUUCCCGCUGGAUGGUCGUAAAAGCAUGAUGGGUGGCUGGCAGCCUUUCCUCCUCCCAGCCCUGCUGGGGGCCACAGCGUUGCUGGCGGCUGGGAUCUACUUAAUAUGGAGGCACAAAAGGAUCAAGAAGGCCUCCUUCCCUACUGCCACCCUCCUGGCCCCCAUUAAGGUUCUUGUGGUUUACCCAUCUGAAAUAUGCUUCCAUCACACAGUGUGUCACUUCACUGAAUUUCUUCAAAACCACUGCAGAAGUGAGGUUAUUCUUGAAGAGUGGCAGAAAAAGAAAAUAGCAGAGAUGGGUCCAGUGCAGUGGCUUACCACUCAGAAGAAAGCAGUGGAUAAAAUCAUUUUCCUACUUUCCAAUGACGUCAACACCAUGUGUGAUAGUACCUGUGACAAGAGUGAGGGCAGCCCCCAUGAGAACUCCCAAGACCUGUUCCCCCUUGCCUUUAACCUCUUCUGCAGCGAUCUGAGAAACCAGACUCCCCUUCGCAAAUACAUGGUGGUCUAUUUUAGAGAGGCAGAUACCAAAGAUGAGUACAGUGCGCUCAGUGUCUGCCCCAAGUACCGCCUCAUGAAGGAUGCUCCUGCUUUCUGUACAGAACUUCUCCGUGUCGAGCAGCACAUGUGA